ACACAAAGCCUAAGUGAAGGGAAGCUGUAGAGAGAGAAAGGGAGAGCAAAGGAGGAGAGAGAAAGAGAAGAGGCCGAGAAUGGGCAAGGUUGAAGAAGGAGUGAUGAAGAAGAGGAAGAAGAAAGGCCGUCCCUCUCUCCUAGAUCUCCAGAAACGCGCACUCGGAGGACAGGAUAAACAGCAUCUCCAAACCCAAACCCUAAUUUCUUCAAAACCUAAUCUUUCCGUUGAUAACCGUCGAUCUACUCGCCGGCACUCCAAUCCGGACGAAACCUCUCCUGCUUCCGAUUGGGUGGACGACGACGGCGGCGGAGAAGAAGAAGAAGACGAAGAAUACGAUGACGACGACGACGAGAGAAAGGAAAAGAAGGUGAAGCUUGUUGGCCGCCUCCCCCCUUCUUCUUCUGAUCAACAACAUUUUAAUCUAUCCAGAUCCUCAGCUAAUUCCCCCUUCUCCAAUUCGACUCCUAUCGUCCAUCAAUCGAGUAUCGAUGUCGAUAACCACGAGGUUUCUGCCAAGAAACAGAAGAUCGGCGCGGCUGGUGUCAGAUCUGGAAAUUUACAUGCCGCUAAUCAGGACAAAAAGGUCCAGAAAGCGACUGACACUGUACAUGGGUCUCCGUUUGAGUCUGGACCCACAACACCUUUGCCAGACAAAAAGUUGUUGGUUUUCAUUCUUGACAGACUUCAAAAGAAGGACACACAUGGGGUCUUCUCUGAGCCUGUUGAUACCGAGGAGCUGCCUGACUACUGUGAAAUUGUAGACCACCCAAUGGAUUUUGGGACUGUUAGGAGGAAACUAAACGAGGGGAAAUACACAAAGUUAGAGGAAUUUGAGAAAGAUGUUCUCUUGAUAUGUUCAAAUGCAAUGCAAUAUAAUGCUCCAGAUACCAUCUACUUUCGACAGGCUCGGACAAUACAAGAGCUGGCGAAACGGGACUUUGAAAAUCUGAGAGAAGUUAAUGAAGAUGGUGAGCCACAGCCGAAAGUUGUAAGAAGAGGUAGACCUCCCUCCAAGAACGUGAAGAAGGAAUUUACCAGUCCUCCACCGCCAACACGAGUUGCUCCUGAGUCUUCCUCUGAUGUUGCAACUCCUGCUACUGCGGGCGAGUACACCACAAACUCUAACAACAACUACAAUCUAAGAAAGGGGCCUAUGUCAUAUAAGUUUCAAGCUAAUGAUGUUUAUUUGAGAACCACCAAUUUAUCUGCAAGUAAUGAUUUAUUUAAUGACAUGACAUCAGAUUGGAAUAGUGAAUUCCCAGCUUCUGUUCUGAAGGCCGAGGCAAAACAUACAAAAAAAACUGUUUUGAUAGAUGAGAACAGGCGUGGAACAUACAAUUUAUCUCCAGCCUCAACUUAUGGACACGAGCCUUAUUUAUUAUCAUCUCCCGUCUUUGGAGACAUGAACAGAUUAGUUGGGAUGGGUUUAAAUGUGGAGCAUGGAUAUUCAAGAAGUCUAGCUCGGUUUGCUUCAGAUCUAGGGCCAGUAGGUUGGAAAAUAGCUUCAAAGAAAAUAGAACGUGCAUUGCCUCCCGGUGUAAAGUUUGGUCGGGGAUGGGUUGGAGAGAACGAGGUAUCUUCAAACAACAUUGGCAUGAAUUCGGCUCUUGCAUCCUCUAGAUCGUGCGAAGCAGCUCCUGCUGCUAGUAGUGGUGGUGGGCCAAUAGUUAUUCCGACUCAACAACCCAGGAAUGGUUACAAUAAUAAUGCUUCGAUGUUGGGGUGUGACAAUUCUUCUCAGUCAGGUGGGAUUGUAAUGAGACCGGAGGAAGAGGAUGGGUUGGUAUCAAGAAGCAUCAAUAAUAAUAAUAAUAAUAGCAGUAAUAGUAUGAUGAUCCCUGGAAUGGCAGGAGGAAACAAUAUGUUUAAUGGAGGUUAUCAUCAGAAGUACAAACAACAGCAGCAGCAGCAGCAGAAUCCUGAUUUGGGAGUUGUUCCUUCUUCUUCUUCUUCUUCAGCAGCAGGAAUGGGAAUGUUGUUGCCACCACAAUACUCUCUUCCAGUUCCUCCUGAUCUAAAUGCGAUGAUAUUUCAGGGAUCUGAUUUGCCUCCUGGUUUGGGUUUACAUAGUAUUGGUUCUCCAAAGCAACCAGAUUUAGCAUUGCAAUUGUGAAUUAUUGCUCAUUUCUCUCCUUUCUUUUUUCAAGAGAAAGAGGAGAGAAUUAUUGAAAUCUUAUUAUUAUUAGUUUGUAGGUCUUGCUGAAAUGACAGACAGGACAGACAGAGUAAUUAAUUGUUAGUAUUUUGAUCUUCAGAAUUAGUAGUUUCUGUCAAGAAGGGAGGUUUGAUUGGUUGGUUGGUUGUAUAGAUUAAAAAAAAAAAAAAAACAUAACAUUUUGUUUGAGUUAGGAGAACUUGUGCAGAGACUAAGCUAACCUAAUCUCCUCCUCCUUCUUCACCACCAAAUUGUUCUCUAAUUUUAUUUUAUGAACCAAAAUUGUUAUU